AUGAAUAGAUUAGUUGUACAGGGUGGCCAAGAAUGGGGCACAAAACUGAUCCAUCACAGAAAGAUCAUGCAGGCAGAGAUGCGAAACAACUUAAAGCGACUUGCAUUCUUGGCCGAGGAGCGUCAUGUUCAGUACAAGAACGAGUUCAUCGAGGACCGUCGCAAGAGAAUCGAAGCCAACCACGCAAAGAUGGCCGCAGAGAAGGCUCACAUCAAGGUGGCACGCGAGCAGCAGAAGAAGUCGAUGUUCUUGAUUGACAUGGGUUUCGAGAAGGCCCGUCAAGAGCAGGCCGCGCAGAAGCUGGAGCGUAAGCGUCUGGCCAAGUUGAAGCAGCAGAAGAUCAGAGAGAUCCAGACAAAGGCGCGUCGCGAGUGGCUCGUCGAGAUGAACGACAAGUGCAUGGCGUGGAACAAGUCGCCCAACGAGAUGCAGUUUGCCCAGUACCGUCUGUUUGACAAGACCAUCCUCAACCGUCUGCCGCGCGAUCGCAACCUGGUGCUGGACCGCCACGACGACAUUCAAGAGGCCGUCAUGGAGUUUGAGGACGGCAAGAAGGUCGACUUUGAGGCACAGCUCGCCACGCUUAAGCAGCAGCUCAAGACAGAGGGCGUCGACGUCGAAAACAUCAACAACGUCUACGAUCCCAACCUGAAACACGACACGCCAUCAUUCAGCAAGCACUUUGUCAGACCACCCUUGACGCCCAAGGAGAAGGAAGAGCAAGACAAGCAGGCACGUCUUGCCGCCCUCGAGAAUGGCGAAGAACUGGCGGCCGCCGAGGACGAGCUCAAGGUGGACGAGGACAACGAGGACAACGAGAACAAUGAGGACGAUAUUAACGAAGAGGAUGAGUUUGGCGCACCAAUCAACAAGAAGGGCACCAAGGUGCAGGCAGCUGACGAGACAGUGAUUAGAAACGACGUUGGCGAGGACGUCCUGACGAGCAGCAGAAAGGCCAAGCCAAUCAUGGACGCCAUCCAGCUCGACAAGGCCGCUGACGAGCUGACCGACGCUGAGCUGGCACAGCUCGAGAAGGAGUUCCUGCAGGAGUUGCAGGAUCUGCCCACAGCCGGCAUGAUCAACGUGUUGGAGCAGGAGCUGCAGGAGCGAUUCACUGUGCCACGCAAGGAGCAGGAGAAGGACGUUGCCAGCCAACUGCUGUCCGCCAAACAGACCACCAUCUUGGCAUCCAAGUUCGACGAGAUUGUCAACAUCAAGGCACAAGAAGAUACAGUCGAUGAGGACCUGGAGCACGACGAGGAUCAUGAUGAGGACCAACACGAGGAUGAGGACCAUCACAACAACAACAAGAACUAA